CACGUAUUAGGAGCUUGCUGUUCAAGAGAAAUGUCCUCCAUGAAUAUUGUUUCAAAUAACCAAGAAGAUGACAUCUCUACAUUAAGAACUUCAAGACUUAUCAACUGCAUUUUAAACGCCAUUUGUUCAUUUCCAGCUGCUUUUGGAAAUGGAAUCAUACUACUCGUUAUUUGGAGGACGCCAUCUCUUCAUUCACCUUCAAACACAUUAUUGUUUGGUCUUGCGCUGACAGAUUUCCUCGUCGGUUCGGUUACUCAGCCUUUAAAAGUCGCCUCUUCUGUGAUAUACCUCGUGUCUGAUGAAGAAGGUCCAGUCUCUCUUACCCUGGCGUUUGAUUUUCUCUCUGUUGUGUCAUCUGCGUCGUCUUUUUUCAUAGCAACUGCGAUAAGUGUAGAUAGGUACCUGGUUUUUUACCUGCAUAUGAGAUAUCAAGCCAUUGUCACCAACAAAAAAGUCGUGGUGAUCAUCAUUUUAUGUUGGUUUUUUUCCGCAUUUUGUGGAUUUAUAUGGACCCAGAACACUACAGUUUAUUACCUUGUUGGAAUCGCUUCUUUCCUUGUCUCGUUCACCGUUAUCAUUUUGAUGUACUAUAAAAUCUAUCGCAUUGUAAGACGUCACCAGGCCCAGAUUCAAUCUCAAGCUCGAGUUGGAAUCGAACAAGAAGCGUCAACACAAAUACGGUUCACUCGUUUCACAAAAUCAGCUAUAAACACGUUUUACGUUUGCUUUAUUCUGUUUCUUUGUUUUUCUCCAUAUGCAUGUGUAGCCAUUGUAGUUCAGUUUACAGGACAAAGUCUCACUAAAUUUGUCGCACUGCAGUACACAGGGACGAUAACGUUCAUAAACUCGGCGCUUAAUCCUGUGGUAUACUUUUGGCGACUGCCUGAGAUGCGAAGAGUUAUAAAAAGAACCUUCAGGUGUUGCUUUAGACAAGCACGCGUGCGGCACGAAGAAAUAAAUUCCUUUGAAUUAUCAGGCAUGGGAAGGAAAUUCGCCGGAUCUACAUGUAACGAUUUCUGAUUACAAAUAUUUAAUUGUGCCCCUUGCUGGGUAUUCCAUAUGAAAUCUGGAAUAUAACUUAAUUAAUCUUUUGAUGGGUCGAGACACGUUCAAGACAGCAUGUUUAAAUUUUAUAGGAUAUUGUUUAAUUACACAGUUAUUGAGUGUGGUAAUUCUCCCAAAAUAGGUAUUGAAAAUGCUUUUGAAAGGGAAAACAGAUUAAACUCGCCCAGCUGGCAGUCACACACACGUCACAUGUGAAGUUAGCAUGUUGCAAAAUCCUUGUUAUCAACCCUGGACUCGAUGUCGGCCUAACUAACCCUUGUGCGACUCGAGGGAACUGAAUUAAAGAUCUUUCCAUAAACAGCUAGCCCCCCUUACGUAACAAAAACUUAGGCUUGUGGAGUGGGUAAUGAAUAAAACGGAAAAGACGCUUUGUAA